AUGGCGACGGAAAAACCGAAACAUGAAGGAAGAGUUAAAAUUGGACAUUACAUUCUCGGAGACACACUCGGAGUGGGGACAUUUGGAAAGGUUAAAGUGGGCCAACAUGAGCUGACCAAGCACCAAGUGGCAGUGAAGAUCUUGAACAGGCAGAAGAUCCGCAGUUUGGACGUGGUGGGAAAGAUCCGCAGGGAGAUCCAGAACCUCAAGCUUUUCAGGCAUCCUCACAUAAUUAAACUGUAUCAGGUUAUUAGCACCCCUACAGAUAUUUUCAUGGUGAUGGAGUAUGUCUCAGGAGGCGAGCUCUUCGACUACAUCUGCAAAAAUGGAAAGUUGGAUGAAAAGGAGAGUCGUCGGCUGUUUCAGCAGAUUAUUUCAGCAGUAGACUACUGCCACAGGCACAUGGUGGUGCACCGAGACCUCAAGCCUGAAAAUGUGCUGCUUGAUGCACACAUGAAUGCCAAGAUUGCAGACUUUGGUUUAUCAAACAUGAUGUCAGACGGAGAGUUCCUGCGAACAAGCUGUGGUUCUCCAAACUAUGCUGCUCCUGAGGUCAUCUCAGGAAGGUUAUAUGCUGGUCCAGAGGUAGAUAUCUGGAGCAGUGGGGUCAUUCUCUAUGCCUUGUUGUGUGGGACACUUCCCUUUGAUGACGACCAUGUGCCAACACUCUUUAAGAAGAUCUGUGAUGGGAUCUUUUUCACCCCGCAGUAUCUGAACCCUUCAGUAAUUAGCCUCCUUAAACACAUGCUGCAGGUGGACCCAAUGAAAAGAGCCACCAUCAAAGAGAUCCGAGAGGAUGACUGGUUCAAACAGGACCUACCAAAGUACUUGUUCCCUGAGGACCCCUCCUACAGCAACAACAUGAUUGAUGACGAGGCCCUGAAGGAGGUAUGUGACAAGUUUGAGUGCACAGAGGAGGAGGUCCUGUCAUGCAUAUAUAGUCGCAACCAUCAGGAUCCAUUGGCCGUUGCCUACCAUCUCAUCAUUGACAAUCGUCGGAUCAUGAAUGAAGCCAAGGAUUUCUACCUGGCGUCCAGUCCUCCCGACUCUUUUCUAGAUGACCAGCACCUGACCUCAUCUGGUGCAGCUGUGACCGGAAUUAGCAAGCCCCACCCUGAGCGUGUACCCUUCCUUGUGGCCGAGACUCUGCCCAGGCCUCGCCACACAUUGGAUGAAUUGAACCCACAGAAAUCCAAGCACCAGGGUGUUAGGAGGGCCAAGUGGCACCUGGGUAUCCGCAGUCAGAGUAGACCAAAUGAUAUCAUGUCAGAAGUGUGCCGUGCAAUGAAACAGCUGGAUUAUGAGUGGAAGGUUGUGAAUCCUUAUUAUCUGCGUGUGAGAAGGAAGAAUCCUAUAACUGGGAUGCAAACCAAGAUGAGCCUUCAACUCUACCAAGUGGACAGUAGAACCUACCUCCUAGACUUCCGUAGCAUAGACGAUGACAUGUUGGAGACAAAAUCUGGAACUGCUACCCCUCUCCGCUCUGGGUCUGUGGGCAACUACCGCACCACUAUUAAGAACGAUGUAGAUGGAGCAGACGCUCCAGCUAUAUCCAGCCUUGUGCACUCCACCAAGGCCGCAGAAGGCUCCUUAGCGUCAUCGUUGACCUCAUCCAUCGACUCAACGGGAGGGGGGGACAUCGUGCCUGUCCCUCGACCAGGAAGCCACACCAUCGAGUUCUUUGAGAUGUGUGCAAAUCUUAUUAAACUACUUGCACGAUAGCUUGCAAAACAAUCGCUAGCCUUUUUCCUCUCCGAGUGUCUUUAUAGCAAUAAGCAUGCAACCGAUUCAUGGCUCAAUUCAUCCUGGCUGAGGAUGAAGUGAUUGUUCCAUGGCACUGAUGCAGGUUAGUGUUCCCUAAGCAGAAGAGAUGUAUACAGAGCUGGCAGGGAAUGGAAGGGGUUACUGGGAAAGAAUGACAAGCUAGUUAAUAGCUAGGACAGAAAACAUUUUGGAGGGAGUUUUACAACAUUUUGAUCAAUGUAAUAGCAAAUAUCCACAUCCCACCUAUACAUAUAUGCGUGAUUACACUGAAUUUCCUGUACUGUAGCCAGUGAGCACUGCUGUCCAGUACGGAGAACAAGAUCAAUUUUUGACCUGCAGAGAAGGAAGCCACACGUUGCUGGUUGGGUAUUUGGGUGGUAGGUGUAUAGGAUGCAGUAAGCACUUUUGCACAAGUAUCUUUUUAUUUCCUGCUGCUCUUGUAUUUCUCUCAGUGGGGAUCGGAGAAGUGGUGCAGAUGUAUUUUGGCACUGCACUGGCUAUAACUAGGGUUGUCAAGCCCAUCACACUCAUUGGACUCUGAAGAAGUGCAAUGACCCAUGUAUUUCUGUCUUGUGUCAGGGACAAACCGAAUGCUUCAUCAGAUUUAUGUUUGGUUUUCUUUUUUGAGAAUCUGAGUUGUCAGAGACUAAAUUGUCAUGGUUUUGUCCUUGUUGUAAAAAAUUGUUUGGAUUUGUCUGUCCCCUACAUUUUUAUAUAUAAAGACGUGAAUAUAUUUAUCAGUGCGUUAAGUGGACGCAGUGUUGGUUAUAUUGGACAUGGAUUAGUUUUUUCUUUAUUGCAUUAAGAUCUAUUGCUGGAUGGUAUCUAUUUUCCUUUUUUACUGUCUGGUUUUUAAAUCAAUAUCACAAUUUAGUUUUCCUUCAAUCACAAUUAUUCUGAUACUUGAUUGUCUUUCCAGAUAAAUAUAGCCUGCUUUUACCAUUUAAGAGAUAUUUUGCCAUGAUGGUCAAAUUCUAGAAAUAUAUCAUUUUCAGUGUCAUAUUAAAAUGACAAGUUGAUUUUCACUUUUUUUGUUGUAUUUUCUCUAUUUCUUAUAUUUUAGAUCAAGAAUUAGGAUUUGAGUAUAAUUACUGAGUUAAAUGCCGUUUGCCUACAUUCAAAUUGUAAAUGCCAAUCCAUCACAAGUGUAUAGGCCUCUGGGCUAUAUUUGAAAAUGAGUAGUAGCAAUUACAUGCAAUGCAUGGACAAUGUAUAUUGGCAGGUAAAUGCAUUCGAAAUAUUGCCACUGUUGGAUAUGUUUAUGUUUUGAUUACCCACACAUUCCCUCGAAGGUUACAUUUGUUUAACCUGAAUAAGACUUGUGAGCUUGGAAAUGUAAAGGCCUGCAGUUCUGAUGAAGAAAAGAAGUCACACAAAUAUUAAGAUCAUAAAUGUGUGGCUGAUUUUUAUUUGAUAAAAAUGUCAGACAGAACCUGAUAAUUGCAAGCUCACAAAGUCUUAGAUAUGUCUUCAGCAUCAUUUAUCUCCCUCCAUUUCCUGUCCACAGUCUUAAAGUUUUAAGUGGUGUUUGUUGUUUGGCUGCCUUAUCUUUAUCAGUACUGUUGAUCAGUUUUUAUGUCAGUAAAAGCUUGAAUUAGUGCUGGUCAGAAUUAUUGGCAUCUUUUUCAAAUUUAAGGGUUAAAGUCCACCAAUUAGUUUGUCAGUGUUCAUUCACAAUUACUGUUUAAAAUCCAUGUGUUGGCGUUACAGAAAAAAGAGAAUUCUUAACUGCGAAACUUCUGAUUAUGUUGUUGCCAAACUAUUGUAGACUUCAGUAACUGCUUCCACCUUUUAAUUUUGGCAAUAGAAAAAAAGCAAACUUCAAAGGUUAACUGUCAUUUCGUCAUCAUCAAUUUUGUCUUCAGUACACUUUGCAUGUUGUCAUUGUAAUAUCAGACACUGAAAAACGUAUUUUUAUUAAGGUGUUGGCAGUUGCGGAAGUCUAGGUUUCCAGUGUUUAGCCCUCCACAGCUUUAAAAAUCAAAAAUAUGUUUGUAUAAACAAUUUCAGAGAGAUAAUACAGCAAAUAUUGCCAAGAGUGACAGAAAUUGUGAUCAUCUUGUUUCUCUUGCGGUCUUGCAGGGCAGGUUUGGACUGAAAUAUGUAGUUGAUCUUUGACCUUCAUUGUCUCAGUUUUAAACAAGAGUUUAUAAAAGAUAGUGAUCAUGGUAAAGAAACAUACUCUUUGGUCUUGGAAAGACAUUGUCAAACUAAACAUUUUUAGUUGUAAAGGGCAGUUGCAAGUUCUGAUUACAAAACAUUUCAUGGGUUUCAUGUCGGGUUUUGUAAGAAAGAUGAAUGUGUGAAACUGACCUUUUUUUGAGAGCUUAUGGAGUAGUGUAUUUUUGGACUGUUGGCAAAUAAAUUCAGUCUCUGAACUGCUUCAAAGAAAUAUUGUUCUAUUUUUGUUUGGUGUGUAAAGGGACCCUACCAGAUUGACCAGUGUAAAUCUGAAUGGACAGUGUUGGAAAUCAUUUGUAUACACAACUGCCUAAUAAACUGCUAAACUGCA